GGGGCCGCGGGAGCCAUGGCGGCGGCGGUGGGUCCGGCCCUGGCGUCGGUGUCGGUGCCGUCGGGCGGCCCGGCGGCGCGGCUGCGGCUGCUGUGCCAGCGCUACCAGGACUACGUGAGGCGGCACCCGGCCGCCACGGCGCAGCUGGAGGGCACGGUGCGCGGCCUGUCCUACCUGCUGCCAGGUCGCUUCUCGGACUCGCACGCCCUGUCGGAGCUGGUGUACUCUGCCUCCAACCUCCUGGUGCUGUUAAACGACUGGAUUCUCCGGAAGGAGCUGCAGCAGAGCCUGCCCGUGUCUCUGCCCCAGCAGAAGCUGCUGACCUGGCUGAGUGUGCUGGAAUGUGUGGAGGUCUUUGCAGAGAUGGGCACAGCCAGGGUGUGGGGGGAGCUGGGCCGCUGGACCAUCAUUGUCCUCAUCCAGCUGGCCAAAGCCAUCCUUCGCCUCCUGCUCCUGCUGUGGUACAAAGCUGGCAUCCAGACAUCUCCUCCCAUCGUGCCACUCAACAGGGAGCAGCAGCAGCCUCUGCACCCCCAAGACCCUGAGGACAGCUGCUCAGGGAAGGCCCAGACCUACGUUGGCAGACGUUCCAGCCGCGUCGUGCGCUCGCUCCAGAGCACCCCGGCGCUGCAAUCCCGGCACUGGGGCUCCCCCCAGCAGAGGGAGGAGUCUCAGAACCGCCGGGCUGAGGAGAUGAAGCAGCCUCCCACGCCUCUGGGUCUGCAGGAAACCAUCGCUGAAUCCCUCUACAUCACCCGCCCCCUGCUCCACCUAUUGAGUUUAGGAGUGUGGGGCCAGAGAUCUUGGAAGCCCUGGCUCCUCUCAGCAGUUCUGGACAUCUCAAGCCUGAGCUUGCUGAGUGAUCUGAAAGACCUCAACAGGCGAGAGCGAGCGGAGCUGCGGCGCCGGACCCUCCUGCUGCUCUACUACCUGCUGAGAUCUCCCUUCUACGACCGAUACUCGGAGGGCAGGAUCCUCCUCCUCCUGCGUCUGCUGGCUGAUUACGUGCCUGGAGUUGGCUUUGUCACACGACCACUGAUGGAUUACUUGCCUGCUUGGCAGAAAAUCUAUUUCUAUAACUGGGGCUGAUGUGAAGAUGAUUGCUCUCUGCUAAGAUCAUGGCUGGACAUUCCCAAGGAGGACGAGCAGGCUGGGGGAGGGAUGUUCAUUUUCAGUUCAAGGCUCAGGGAGCAGCUCUGCAGGGUGGGGAGGGGGGUGGAUCUCAGGUCUUUUUAACAGGUCUGGCUCUGACUGAUGGACAUUACAUACAUGCAGAGACCCUGGCCACCUCUUUCUCUGGACCUUUCCAUGGCUGCAGCCAUGGUGAUAGGACAACCUCUGGUUUUUAAGCACUUGGUUUGUCUCCUUUUUGUACCAGCUGAACUGUAAGGAAGCCCAGCAGGGUGGUGGGUUGUGGGAGAGAGUGUUAGUCUCCCUCCUCCUGAUAUUGAGGCUGUCCUGCAGCCUCUACCCUUGGGCAGUGCCCAGCCCCUGGGGGUGGAACAAAUAAACCCACUGCCUGGAAAGAACCUGCCCCAAGGCCUUUGCCUGGGGCUCCUCGUGUAGCUGGGGGAGCAGCUUCUCCAGGUGUUUCAGCCUGGGAUCUGCCAUCCCUCAGCAGCCUUCUGCUCCAGCCUGGCUCAGGCAGGCCCCUACACCUCGCUGAAGCUGCAGAGCUGCAGCUUGCUGGCUAAAAGAGCUGGCCAGGCAGUGCUCAGGGGCUUGGCUGAGGAGGAGGAAGGAAGAGAUGAAGUCAGCAAAUCCUGUUACACCACAAAUAAAGAGCCCAGGAGAGGCCUGAUA